AUGUUUACGAUGCGCUGCUGCACGGCCGGCCGAUCGCCGCGUUUGAGCGCACUGGCACUGGUGCUGCUGGGAGCUACUGUGAUAUGUCCCGCGUACGGUAUCAUCGAUCGCUUGGUGGUGCAAACCAGCAGCGGCCCGAUACGGGGCCGCUCGACCAUGGUGCAGGGCCGCGAGGUGCAUGUCUUCAAUGGGGUACCAUUCGCCAAACCACCGGUGGACAGCCUGCGCUUCAAGAAGCCGGUCCCGGCAGAACCGUGGCAUGGGGUGCUCGACGCAACCAGACUACCUCCAUCGUGCAUACAGGAACGGUAUGAAUAUUUCCCCGGCUUCGCGGGCGAAGAAAUGUGGAAUCCAAACACCAAUGUCUCCGAAGACUGUCUAUACCUGAACAUAUGGGUACCAACCAAAACUCGGCUUCGUCACGGACGUGGGUUGAAUUUCGGUAGUAAUGACUACUUUCAAGACGAUGAGGACUUUCAACGCCAGCACCAGUCCAAAGGCGGCCUGGCCAUGUUGGUUUGGAUCUACGGUGGUGGUUUCAUGAGCGGCACCUCAACGCUAGAUACCUACAACGCGGAGAUACUGUCUGCCGUCGGUAACGUAAUCGUUGCUUCCAUGCAGUACCGUGUAGGCGCGUUCGGGUUCCUCUAUCUGGCCCCUUACCUAAACGGACUCGAGGAGGAAGCGCCGGGCAAUAUGGGAUUGUGGGAUCAGGCCCUCGCGAUACGUUGGCUUAAGGAGAAUGCGAAAGCGUUCGGUGGCGAUCCGGACCUGAUCACACUCUUCGGUGAGUCCGCCGGCGGUAGCUCCGUCAGUCUGCACCUGCUGUCGCCCGUCACACGGGGCCUAUCGACUCGCGGUAUAUUGCAAUCCGGUACGCUGAACGCGCCAUGGAGUCAUAUGACGGCCGAGAAGGCCCUGCAAGUGGCCGAAGGUCUGAUUGACGAUUGUAACUGCAAUCUAACUAUGCUAAAGGAAUCUCCACACACCGUGAUGCAGUGCAUGAGAAAUGUUGACGCGAAGACCAUCUCCGUGCAGCAGUGGAACUCUUAUUCGGGCAUCCUAGGUUUUCCCUCCGCCCCCACCAUCGAUGGCGUGUUCAUGACCACCGAUCCGAUGACGAUGCUGCGUGAGGUUAACUUGACUGGAAUUGAUAUACUUGUGGGCAGUAAUCGGGACGAAGGUACAUACUUUCUACUGUACGACUUCAUUGACUAUUUCGAAAAAGAUGCAGCCACCUCGUUACCUAGAGAGAAGUUUCUCGAAAUCAUGAACACCAUCUUCAACAAAGCAUCCGAACCGGAGCGUGAAGCAAUUAUAUUCCAGUACACCGGGUGGGAGAGCGGCAACGAUGGGUACCAGAAUCAGCACCAAGUUGGGCGAGCAGUUGGCGAUCACUUCUUUAUCUGUCCCACCAACGAAUUUGCACUAGGCCUUGCGGAGCGCGGUGCCCUCGUGCAUUACUACUACUUCACACAUCGAACCAGUACCUCCCUAUGGGGUGAAUGGAUGGGAGUUUUGCAUGGCGAUGAGGUGGAGUACAUCUUCGGCCAGCCAAUGAACGCCUCUUUACAAUAUCGACAGCGCGAGCGAGAUCUGAGCCGGCGGAUGGUACUAUCUGUUAGUGAAUUUGCGCGCUCAGGCAAUCCGGCAUUGGAAGGUGAGCACUGGCCACUGUACACCAAAGAUAACCCAAUCUUCUUUCUCUUCAACGCUGAAGGAGAAGAUGAUCUUCGAGGAGAAAAGUAUGGGCGAGGGCCGAUGGCAACAUCGUGCGCGUUUUGGAACGACUUUUUGCCACGACUGCGUGCCUGGUCUGUUCCUGCGAAGACGCCCUGCAAUUUGCUUGACCAAGUUUCACAGGGCAGCAUUACGCCAACAAUGCCUGUCGUAAUAGUGUUCUUAGUUUUGCUCUUGGCAAUAAGAGGCUUGGAAAAGUAA